AAGGAACAGAUAUGUCUGUACACGUGUUAACACAGUGUGCGCCUGCCUAUAUGCAAGUUCACAUGAAUUUCAAAUUUCAGCUAAAUUUUGUCCACUAGUAAUUUUAAUUUAACAUUGUAUAUAAAUAAUGGUGAUGAUAAUAAUAACAAUAGCACCUCAUAAUAGUUUAACAACUUCCAUUUUCAACUGAAACUCUCUAAUCUAGUAGUGCAUCAUUCAAACGAUCUAAAUGAAUACAAGUAUCUUUACAACACUAAUUAUUGUCUUUAUAGUUUACCUAAACUUGACAACAAUUGAUGCUAAACCAUUUAGAACCAAGAAUAGGAAAAAUGAAAAUGAUGAUAUAAUUAUUGAUAACGAUUAUAAUAUUGAUGAUGAUGAUAAUAAUAAUAAUAAUGAACUUACAUCAUAUGAUGAAAUAAGAAGAAUUUUUCAAGAAGAUCCAAUACAUGAUAAACAACCCUCGAAAACUACAUCAUCACCUAUGACAACAACUACAGUUAAACCAGAAAAAGAGGAAAAUGAUGAUGACUUAGGACUGAAUGAAGCAGAUGAUGGAUCACCUUGCAGUGGUGGAGGCACAAUAUUCACUUACACAAUACACAGCACUGAUGAAGAUGAUGACAGUCAAGCAGAUUCAGGAAGACAUGAUUAUGAUAAUGUUGGUUCAGAAGAGGAUUAUGACUAUUACCAAAUGAUUCCAUGGUUUAGAAGAGAUCAGCAUUAUCGUCCUUCAAGAGGAUCUUAUCGUAAACCUAUACGUGGUACAUGGUACUCAUCGGAUCAUUAUUUUCCAUUCUACAUUCCACAUUAAUAAUUAAACGCAAAGUAAAGAUAUUUACUACAUAUUCUAUGUUAAUCAUUAUAUUCUGGUUAAUAAGACAAUAGUGUUGAUUUCUCAUCUUUAUAUAUAAUAUAAUGUCAUUAGUUAAAAAUGGUAGCCUUCUUUUUAACAAUAUAGAUUGUUAGCUGUUUAAUGUAAUCGAAUAUUUUCUCAUAGCGUGUUGCGUAAGAUUUACAAUUUAUGAAAAGUAUAUUAGUUAAUUUAUAAAUGCAU